AUGACCACCACACAGUCCAGAAUAGACUUCAGUGACAAACUCCCGCAACCUAAAUUCGGCAACAACGGCAAGAGGAAAGAUGGUGGCAGCAUAAACGGAGGGCCAGAGGGUGGCUUUGUCCGGCAGAAAUAUGAUCAGAAAAAUUACGACAGCUACUGCUCAAAAAAGUACGAGAACCAUCUUAAAAUCGGGCAAAAUAUCUUCAAUAAGCUUUCAAGGGCCUACAGCGAUUUUGAACGAGAAUAUAGGCGAUUGGAAACGUUGCUCAGCAGUAUGAGGAGUUCCGGUGCCAAAGGUCAGUACUUUUAG